AUGGAAUAUUCCCGGCCGCAGUAUGGCCGCAAACGCGUGAGCCUCGGGAACAUCAUCGGUGACCCGUUUGCUCUCGCCACGAUCUCCAUCGCCGCGCUUGCAUGGAUAAUAUCCUUCGUCGGGACAAUCCUGGCGCACGUCCAAGUGCCGCUCAACUUUCCGCUCUACACGUACUGGGCGUUGGUCUUCUACCUGGCCGUCAUCAUUGGCGUUUUCGUUGUAGUCGCUUCGGAUAGCACUCAGACGUAUCAUGUGGCUCUCGUUGGCUACCUCGGCUGCGGGUUGGUGCUCUCGACGUCCGCCGUCAACGGCCUAAUCCAUACCAGCCAGGGCGCCAAGGAGGCUGCUGCUGCUGGUUUUAUCCUCCUGUCUAUGGUGACCAUUGUGUGGAUAUUCUAUUUCGGUUCCGCACCGUCAGCUGUACCCCGCGCCUACAUCGACUCGUUUGCCCUUGCCAAGGAGUCGACAUCGACAAACCGACAUACCAUGACUGGCGGCUAUGGCAGCCGCAGGCCCGAGACUUCGACCUCGGUGCAACCCCCCCAGAUGUACACGUCUCAGCUCAACGGGCUUGAGAACCCGUCGCCGGUGGGUGUAGGCGCUAUGGCAGCUGCCAUGCGGAACUCUACGGUCCCUCAGGCCUUUCCAGCAGCCGCUACACAGAAGGCUGCUGCCGCCCCUCCAACAGCGACCACAGAUGCCGAAAUCGUGCCACCUACCGAGUACCCGUACCGGGCCAAGGCCAUCUACAGCUACGAGGCCAAUCCCGAAGAUGCCAACGAAAUAUCCUUCUCCAAGCAUGAGAUCCUCGAAGUCAGCGAUGUAAGCGGCAGGUGGUGGCAAGCGCGGAAGGAGAACGGCGAGACAGGUAUCGCGCCCAGCAAUUACCUCAUUCUAUUAUAG